GCGGAGCGAAACAUCCCCGGGACUGCAGGGGACACCUUGACAAGACCAGGGAAGGCUGCGCUGGGAAGGGGGCGACAUGCUUUCCGCAACCCCCCUCUAUGGGAACGUACAUAGCUGGAUGAGCAAUGAGAGAGUCCGCAUGUGUGGCAUCAAUGAAGACAGGAAAAUUCUAAUUAAUGAUGGUGACCUUCAGAAAGCCAGACUUGAACUGAGAGAGGAUCAUCUUGGUCACAGCUUGGUGGAUGCCGCAGCUGUACACAGAAUGGAUGGCUUAACAACUCUUGGCAUGGACCGAAAUGGACUUAUGCAGGAUAGUUUGCGGGUACCAGGUGGCAUGAUCUAUUCUAGUUUAUGUGGUCUUGGCUCCGAUAAAGUCCGAGAACCUUCCAACCAAAUUCCAGGCCUUGGAUAUGCACCUGACCGAAAUCCUGAUCUUCAGUUUAAGCCAAAUGGCGCUGAUACAAUGGAGAACUCUUCUAUAACUGGAAAACAGCCAAAUGGCUUUAAUUCCUUGUUUAAAACCCCACCAGGACUGCAGAAGACAUCUGUCCCUACCAGUGAGUCACUCGUUUUGGACAGAACAUCAAAUGACAAGCAGAGUCCACUAGGUGUGAAUGGUGCUAAUUACUUACGGAUUCCAUGGAUGCACCCUUAUAUGGACAAUACUACUCCAGCUAUGUACCCUUUCAUCGAUUCACCAAAUAAGUAUUCUUUAAAUAUGUAUAAAGCAUUUCUACCUCAGCAGUCUGCUUACAGUUUGCCGCAGCAUUUGACCUACUCGCCUGUCUGUACAAGCGGUGAGCGCUUUGUAUACCUUCCACCUUCCCAUUAUGUUAGUCCCCACAUGCCUUCAACUUUGGCACCACCCAUGAGGAUUCCUGCACCAUCAGCAGCUCCUGCAAUGCCCACUACUGUUCACUGUCUUGAAAAGAAUUUACCCUGGAAAAUGGGAGUUGGCACAGGGUCCACUAUUGAUCCACAUGCAUAUCCACACAUCCAAACCAAUAAGCAACCUAGGGUUCCCUGUUCAAAGUCUGUAGCAAACAGCAUCUCUCCAGAAGCCUCACUGUUGCUAGCACCUUCUCAGAGACCAUCUCCAAGACAUCACCAGCAGGGUCAACCUGUUGGGGACAGCUAUUCAGAUUUUCAAACGUCCUAUGGCAAAAUCUCAACCCCUCCUACUUCUGUUGUUCACACCAAAUCCCACAAUAGUGUGAUCAGUGAGCUUACACCUUUAAGGCCAUCUAGCACGAAAACCAAUAAGGGUGUUGAAAGUGACACUGUGCAGACAACAGCACCCUCUAAAAAGCAUUUAAAGGAAAGAAAAGAAAGCAGGUCUCCUUGCUUGGUGGAAAAGCAGACGCCACCUCACAAAGAUGGAGCGGAGAAGCCACUUGAUUUGUCUUCAAAGCUUGGUGAUGUGGAGAUGUCUGCCAUGUUGCUUUCUGGGCAUUCUGGAACUAAUCUGGGAAUGAACACCAGGGACAUUCAGAAAGCUGCCCAUUCACCGUCUGGGAAUGGCAGCUCUGUAUACCGACCUGAAAUUAUUAGCACUGCUUCAUCGUCAUGGGUAGUACCUGGCAUGACUGGCACAGAAGAUAUGAAUGGCAUGAUGAUGCCACUAAAAAACAAAGCUUUGGAAAGGGUGAUGCCACAGCAAAGAAGUUCCUCAUGUCCUCGUAUGGGCAACUCUGAAGGAGUAAUCAGUAGCACUGCCAGUUGUGUGUCUAGUGCAGGCCGUCCGGCAUCUGCUUCACCUGCACCAAAUGCCAACGGGGAAAUAAAAAGCCCUGCAGAGAACAGCAAGGCUGUCACACAACAGGUGCAGUCUGCAAGUACACCUAGUAGGAGCAGCAAGGCACCAAAGACUUCUGUCUUAGAGUCAACCUUAAAAGUGAGUGAAAGUGGUUUACCUCCUGCUCCUAUGUUCUUGGCUCAGAAUGAACCCUUCUGCUCCACCCCUUUGGCCUAUCCAAGCAGUUUUAUCCCAUACCAAGUUUCUGAGAGUCUUGCUUUAUCUCAUUUACACUUACAUGGCAAAGCUCCUGUGUAUCCCCACCCUGUCUUGUUGCCAAAUGGAAGCCUUUUCCCCGGUCCAAUGGCACCAAAGCCAGGAAUUCCCUACAGCAUACCAACAACCAGGGAUUAUAUGACCUACCAAGAUACCUUGGGCAUGGUCCAUCCAAUUCUGCUACCACCUCAUGCUAUGGAAAUAAGCAAAGAUGACAAGGCUGAGAGGAGGUCAAGGUCACACGAGAGACCUCGAUACGAGGAACCCGUUAGCCGUAGCAGAUUGUUGGAUAUAUCUGACUCGACUCCAAAGCAACAUUUUGAGGUUACAGUAGAAAAGACGGUGAAAUCCCACCAGCCAUCUGCGAUAUCCGGAAAGCAUGCUUCAAAGACAGACAUGUUGUGUUCUAAUGGUGGGGAAAAAGACACAAAGGCUGACAAUCAUUUCACGGUCAAUGGUUAUGGGCCUGAAAAACCUGUAAUGAACGAUCAUCAGAAAUCAGAGCAGGUCUCACAACAGCGGGAUAUGGUGACACUUGGAGAUGAAAUAGUUAGGGAGGAAAUUUCAAGGAAAAGUGACUUUCAUGAAUCUUUUCAUGUCCCCAGACCAUCUCAGAGCUCCCCCGUUUUUCCUUAUAGACAGGAGAACCUUUCAGGACACCAAAGCAUGGAUUGCACUGCAGCUGAGCCUUGUGCUCGCUUCAUGGUUCCUAGUCAAAAUCGAGAUUCGCCGGCUGGAUUUUAUGGCCACCCACAGGAAAAACUGCAGCAGUUUUUGACAAAUGGCCAUUUAGAUUCUGAAAUGGCUGAAAGACUCGGCAAAGAUACUUGUGAUGAAUUUGAAACUAUAAAUGGGAAACUUGUGAAAACGACAAAGUCCUCAAAAUUAACUAAAAGGAUUGCAAACUCCGCCGGCUACGUGGGGGAUCGGUUUAAAUGCCUGACUACUGAAUUGUACGCAGACUCAACCCAACUAAGUCGUGAACAAAGGGCUUUGCAGAUGGAAGGCUUACAAGAGGACAGUAUUUUAAGUCCACCUGCUGCUUACAGUGAGCGUGCUAUGAUGCGAUUUUCUGAGCUUGAAAUGAAAGAGCGAGACAACCACACACCUACCAAAGACUUGGAAACUUGCAAAUACAAUCAGCUCGAGCGCGAUGAAGCCAAGCCUCUCUUAGAAUACAACAAGCCAGUCUCUACAGUGCUGGGAGAAUCCGUCAUCAGUCUAACGGAAGGUGAUGUGACACUUUCUUGUGGCGGCGUGAUUGAAACCUCUCGGUAUCAAGAAAAAGAGGCCCCCAAUGAGGACUGUCCUUCAGUCAAACUGAUUUUCUCCGAUGCCUUGAAACUGAAACUAGAAGCCACGACAGACACUGGCAACCAAGGGCAAAGCGUGGGACUGAAGCGCAAACACCCUGGAGAGACCUUGACGGAAAAUCUAGACAAACGGCCUAAUUGCAGAGACGAGACGCAGGAUGACACCAGAGUGAAAAGGAAAAAGACUGAUGACUGGUCAGAGAGGGAUCUGAAAGACUUCUCCAAAUUCACAGAAGAGUCCCCCUGCAGUGAAGUCACAAACCUUAAAGUGUGCAUUGAGUUAACUGGACUGCACCCCAAAAAACAGCGCCACUUGCAGCACCUCCGAGAGCUGGGCCAGCUGAACCGUAAGGAUCUGUGCGAUAGCCGUGACAUUGCAGACACCGAGGACAAGCAGAGAAGUUUGCGGGAGGAGCUCCUCAAGGCUAAAUGUGAAAGCAAAGGAGGCUCUGACCAUGUUAAAAACUGCAAUUCUGCCCAAGACGUUCCAACAUCUCCGCAUGUGAAAGGCUUUCCACCUGGCUGCCCAAGCAGCAAACGGCAGAGUCAGCCAAACCCCGCCCCAGCCCCCAGGUUAGCAGCCAAGCAGCAGAAGAUUAGAGAGGGCCGCAAGGCGUACGUGCCGUGCACAGAUGAAGAGGGGGGUCUCCAAGUCACGUCAUUGCCUGAGGAUUACACCGAGUGCGAGAAGCCCUCUGGAAAACGGCAGUGCAAGACAAAGCACAUGACUCCACAGGAAAGGAAGAGGAAAAGAUUGCUGCUGGCUGUUGAUGACAGCAUGGAUAUAGGAAGCACAGACGAGAAGGUCAUCAUAAAGGGCUUCAGGAAACAGAUUGAACUCUCACCAGAGAACUCUCCAUUAAGAAUGGCAGAGCAGAUGUCUUUUCUACAGACUCCAUCACAGCUGUCUCCACUGCCCAACCACCUUCACGAUUCCACACCGUGUCGCCCCAUGCCUCCAGAAGCACGCCGCCUCAUUGUUAACAAGAAUGCAGGGGAGACGCUGUUACAGAGGGCGGCACGACUAGGCUAUGAGGAAGUCGUCCUUUAUUGCUUGGAAAGCAAAUCCUAUGAUGUUAACCACCGAGAUAAUGCAGGGUACUGCGCAUUACACGAGGCUUGUGCUAGAGGCUGGUUGACCAUCGUCCGACAUCUACUGGAACAUGGGGCAGAUGUUAAUUGCAGCGCACAAGAUGGAACCAGGCCAAUCCAUGAUGCCGUAGAGAACGAUCAUUUGGAAAUUGUGCGAUUAUUACUGUCAUAUGGCGCUGAUCCUACUCUGGCAACGUACUCUGGGAGAACGAUUGCCAAAAUGACGCACAGUGAGGUGAUGGAAACCUUCCUAACUGAAUAUUUAACGGACUUGCAAGGGCGAAAUGGAGACGACCCUGGACUUUCUUGGGAUUUCUCUGGCAGCUCUGUCUGUGAUCCAGAAGAGGAAAGUGGGUUUGAUGUCCUGGCUAAUCCUCCGGGUCCAGAUGAUGAAGAUGACUGUGUAGAUGCCUUUGAAUUUGAGUUCUCGGACAAUCCUCUUCUGCCUUGUUACAACGUCCAAGUCUCCUUGUCCCAGGGGCCCAGAAAUUGGUUGCUUCUGUCAGAUGUGGCCAAGCGUUUAAAGACGUCCUCGGAAUCAUUCCGAAGCGAGCACCCUCACUUUGAAGUAGUUCGUAUUACCGAAGCAGAAUUCUACAAGCAAGUAUCUUUAAGCCAGCUCUUUGCCUCUCCAGACGAUCUUGACGGCUUCAGUCCAGACAGCAAAGAACUGCUCGAGCUGGUGGAAUUUAUGAGUGAACUGCAAACAUUACUUGGAUCGUCCAUCGAGUGCUUGGAUCCUGAAGGAGACACGUCUUAUGCCAGCUGUUAAGAAGCCAGGCCCUUACCUAACAGUGUAAUAUAAAACGGAUGCUUAUUUUGUGAAUAUGUGCUAUACAGAGAGAACACUAUUCUAUAUAAUUCAAUGUAAAAAAAA